AAUUGUAACAUUAAAGUUUUUUUUUCUUUUUUUCACCAGCUACUUGACAGCCUCGAAGGUCAUAGUGCUGGCCAGGGGACUUCAAAGAGCCACAGAUGAUUUCCGGCGAAAAACUACAACAGCGGUAGCACAAGGUGUGAUCGACAGUCUGUGUGCAAUUAUGUCAUCGCGAUUGCACAGGAUUCAUGCCAACCACAUACUAGCAGAGGCUGCUGCACUUGACCCGCGUUUUAAGAGGAUGGCCUUCCCUGAUGGCAGAACAGCAGAUGAGACGUUUCAAAGGCUGUCAACUGCAGCAGCAAGAAUUAGCAGUGGCAAACCCAUCCAACAGCAACCAGCUGUGGAAGGACUGGAAGGAGCAGGCAGUGGUGCUGGAUCAAUAGUUUGGAGCUAUUUCCAUGAGGAAGUAGCUGGAACAGUGGAAGCCAGGAAUCCAACCGCUGAUGCUGUCAUGGAGGUGCGAGCCUACCUGGAGGAGCCUCUUCUUCCAACACAUGAGGAUCCCCUCAAGUGGUGGGAGAGUCGAGCCCCUGUUUACCCCAGGCUUAGCAAGCUGAUGGCCAAGAAGCUUUGUGUUGUGGCGACAUCAGUUCACUCUGAGAGAAUAUUCUCGAAAUCUGGACAGAUAAUCUCAGAGAGGAGAAGUCGCCUUAAGCCCAAAAAGGUCAGAGCUCUUGUAUUCCUUAAUGCAAAUUUGCCCAAAGACAAAAAAGAGAGGCAGAAAAAGCCAUAA